AUGGCGGAUUCAAGAAGCAAGGGCUUUAGAGAGAGAAAAUCAAGUAAAUCGAAUACAAAGAAAAUUACCCACACACUAUCAUUACGCAACAAUAGCUUGGUUAAUAAAAUUCCCCUAGAGCUUGGCCGUUUAUGGAGACUACAAGAAUUGUCAUUUCUUAAUAAUUCAAUCAGUGGCGAAAUUCCCGCUAAUAUAUCAGCUUGUUCUAACCUCAUUUCUUUUGAACUUCCUGGGAAUACGUUGACCGGGAAAAUUCUUGUGGAGCUUGGUUCCCUGUCGAAGCUCAAUGCGUUGUACAUUGGAAGAAACAAUAUAACAGGUGAUCUUGGAUUAGCAAGAUUUCUUCCAGAAGACAUCUAUAAUUCUUCUGCAAUUCAACCAAUUUCCAUUGGCUUUAGAGGGUCUAUUGGUUAUGUUGCUCCAGAGUAUGGUAUAGGAAAUGAGGUGUUGACAUUUGGUGAUGUGUAUAGUUAUGGUAUCCUCUUAUUGGAGAUGUUUACAAGAAAGAGACCUACUGAUAGCAUGUUUAAUGAUGGUUUGAGUCUCCAUAGCUUUGUUAAGAUGGCUUUACCUGAACUAGUAGCUACCGUUGCUGAUCCAACACUACUUCAACAAAGAGAAAUGGGGCAGGCAAGCUCAAGCACCAACAACACUCGGAAUCAAAGCUCUCAUACCAGUCACAAAAUUCAUGAGUGCUUGAUUUCAAUAUUUAAUAUUGGAAUCGCUUGUUCACAAGAAGCACCAAGAAAUCGACCAACCAUUAGUCAUGUUGUUACUCAGUUGCAUGCAAUCAAGAACAAUCUUAUUGGAAAGGAUGGAGAUCAUGGAAGCAGAAGAGCUAGAAUUGCAGUGUGACCAUUGAGUAGGUGUUUGAAUUCAGAUUGGACUUGAAGAUAUUUGUCACUCAACAACUAUGUGAAGCUGCAAAUUAUUGAUGUGGGCUACAGACACUAUCCUAUACUUUAAUUUCUCUUCUCAUUUUAUGAUUUUAGUUUGUCUCAAGUAUGCAUCUUUUCUCAAUGAUCAGAAAUCUUAUAAACAUAUUUUUACAAGUACUUGGCACUAUUGAUAUUAUUGUAUAUUUUCACAUUAAUAUAUAAUAAUUGAUAUUUCAACAGUGCUAUGAAUAGUAAGAAAUAAGGUUAUACAUGACCUGCAAUGGCUAUAAUAUCCUAUUUACACUCAAUUAUGAACCACUUAAUUUUCUUACCGCAUCAUUGUUGAUGAAUUUAUAAAUUUAAAUGAUAAG